UACAUUGUUCCUUCUCUUCUAUAAAUUGUGUAAUUCACCACCAUCUCAAAACUCAAACAUCGAUCGUCUCUACCAAUCAUCACAGCUGUUUUCAUUCACUUUUCUAACAUCAAGAAAUUGAGACCAAACCUGUCGUCAGAACCUAACCAGAAUCAUGGCUUUGCUUUCAUGCGAAACCCGGCCCAUGAUGCUCAAAGAUUUCCUCAGAGACGAUGCACACACAUCAUAUAAUGGUUUUCCAAUCAACCCUAGGAAUUCAAGAAUGCUAAUUUCUUCACAUCCAGACAAGCUCUCCGGCGUAUUAAUCAGAAGCCGGUCGAAGAAGGCGGCGGCGACAACAAUCUCAGCCAUCCACAAGGUCAUUAAUGUCGUUAAGUUGUUCCAGUUUGGUUCCGUCAGAUCUCCGUUGGUUUUACCUCGGAGCAUUUCAAGAAAAUCUCCCAAGAGUAGGGAUAGGAACGUCGACAUCUCCGAUUUGCCGGAAAUCAAAGUCAAAGUCAAGGACAUCUUACGAUGGAAAUCGUUUAGGGACUUGGUGGAGGACGACCCUGUGCCGUUGGAUGUUCCCUCGUCCCCUGGUCGGAGCACCACCGGCACCACCACUUCAUGCAGCCAGAGGUCCAGUUGGUGUGAAAGUGAUUUUACAGCGGAGGAAUUACCGCCGUGGGGCGGUGAAACUGAACAGUUUUUGGGUAAAAAGUGUUUUCUUGGCCAGCCAGCUGAUAGGAAAGUCAAGGGGGAUUGGUCAAUGUUUGAAGAAAUGGAGCAGCAAAGCCCAGUUUCAGUUCUUGAUUCUCCAUUCCGACAAGUUGAAGAAUUCCUCUCCCCUUCUCAUCCAACUCUCGCCAAUCUUGAAGCUAUGCUCACAAGAAAGCCGAUUCAAGAACCAAAACUCACAAGAAAACUUAGUUUUAAGGAAGAAAUUACGGUUUCUGAGAGAGCAAAUGCAGCCGAAGAACAGGCCAAGCAGUUGCUGAGCCAUCUCAUCGACGAAAACAACAAAAAUCGGGAGGAGUGUUUGACAAUAUUGGAUUUUUUCAUGCACGAACUUUCUUCAAAGGGAAAGUUUAAUGAUGUUGAGUUUGAUUCCGAGAUUGUGAAGACUGCAAAAACAUGGAUGAAUGGAGAAUACGAUGAGUCGUAUGAGUGGGAGGUCAAGGACAAGAGGAUGGCCUAUGUUAGGGACAUGGAGAAGGGAGUGUGUUGGAACAAGUUUGAACAAGAGCAAGAAGAGAUGUCCCUAGAAUUACAAGUUAAGGUGUUGGAUGAUUUAAUAAACGAGCUUUUGGCCGACUUUCUCUGCAAAUGAAAAUCGGACACAAGAUGCCUAAAAUUGCAUAAAUGUGCUUGAUAAUCAUGUGACAUCAACACAACAUUGAUCUUAGGAUCCCCGGACGGCCUAGGAUUGGAUGGGGUGAUAGUGGAUCAACCCCAAUUCGGGUUUUCCAACAAGCUUAAUUGAUGGGCUAGUAAUGUUGGUGGAUGGAGAUAUAUGAGCAAGAAAUGGUAGAUCAAAUUGAGAUUGGAGCUUGGACCAAGUCAUGUAUAGAGUAUGUGUGGUUUGGGCUGCCUGGAUACAUUGGGUGCUUAAUGGAUACAAUUUUAUAUGGGCAUGUGUCAAAUCCAGUAAGCUAUGAGAAAUGAGAAAUGGGAAGCAAUUUUGAUAAUAUAUACUUUAUGUUUAU